UGUUUUUUUUUUUGUUUUGUUUUUUUGUUAUUAUUUUGCAAUAAGUUUGGCGAAGAGUUUUGUCUGAGGUUCAAUUGUUUUUAUUACCGCAAAGUGUGUUACAGAGUUAAGAGGUGUAGUAACUAAGGCGCUCCAAGCAAGUCGCUUGCGUAAAAAUCUUGAACUAUAAGUGAGCACGAUGAAGUUUGCCGAACAUCUGACGGCGCACAUCACGCCAGAAUGGCGUAAACAAUAUAUAAACUAUGAGGAAAUGAAGGCCAUGCUGUAUUUGGCUGUAGAAGAAGCGCCAUCUGUGGAUAGUGUAGAAGAUGAUGUACUUAAAAGACAUUUUGCGAAUUUCGAUGAAAAUUUUUUUCAUUAUUGUGAUAAAGAAUUGAAGAAAAUCAAUACUUUUUAUUCCGAAAAAUUAGCUGAGGCAACACGUAAGUUUGCAACGCUUAAAGCAGAGCUAAAAACAUGUGUGGAAGAAUCAGAAAGAACGGCGAAAAAAGCAAAAUCUCUAAAGAAAGCCGGGCUCCCACAUCGAAAGGCACAAGAAUUAAAACUUGCCUUUAGUGAAUUUUAUUUAAGUUUAAUUUUAUUACAAAACUAUCAGAAUUUAAAUCACACUGGUUUCCGUAAGAUACUAAAGAAACACGAUAAGCUCUUACGUGUUGACACUGGUGCAAAAUGGCGACAAGACUUUGUGGAGUCAUCACAUUUUUUCAUCAAUAAAGAUAUUGAUAAUAUAAUAAAUGAAACUGAGACAACAGUUACAGGCGAACUUGAAGGCGGUGAUCGUCAACGCGCGAUGAAACGAUUACGUGUACCACCACUGGGUGAACAACAAAGUCCGUGGACUACUUUUAAAGUGGGUCUAUUCUCGGGUAGUUUUAUUGUUUUGGGUAUUGUAGUCGUACUUUCAGCAAUUUUCCAUGAUAUAAGCGGUGAAAAUCUAAAGGUCACAUUUCGUCUCUAUCGUGGUCCUUUACUAAUAAUAGAAUUUAUAUUUUUAAUUGGCGUUAAUAUAUAUGGUUGGCGAUCGUCUGGUGUCAAUCAUGUACUCAUAUUCGAAUUGGAUCCGCGAAAUCAUCUAUCAGAGCAACAUUUAAUGGAAUUGGCGGCUAUUUUUGGUGUUAUAUGGACUCUAAGUAUGCUGAGCUUUUUAUAUAGUGCCAGUCUUAGCAUACCAGCUUUUAUAAAUCCAUUAACUUUAACGCUUGUAAUGGUUGCCUUCUUGGUUAAUCCCUUUCAUGUUCUGCAUCAUGAUGCACGGUUUUGGCUAUUGCGCAUCACGGGGCGUAUGGUUGCUGCACCAUUCUUUCAUGUCGGCUUUGCUGAUUUCUGGCUUGGUGAUCAGCUGAAUUCUUUAGCGACUGCUUUACUGGAUUUUGAAUAUCUGAUUUGUUUUUAUUUCACCAAUGGUAAUUGGACAGAAGCGCGUGAUGCCUCGAUAUGCAUGGAAAAAGAUUUCAUUAUACGUCCAAUAUUCAAUUGUUUGCCAGCUUGGUUUCGUUUUGCGCAAUGCUUACGACGUUAUCGAGAUACUCGUGAAGCCUUUCCACAUUUAGUGAAUGCUGGAAAGUAUGCAACCACAUUUUUAGUAGUCAUAUCUGCCACUUUAAAGAGCUUUUAUAGUCCGUAUUAUGCUGCCACUUUCGAUAAUCCAUACACUUGGCUUUGGAUGGCUGCAUCAGUGGUAUCGUCUUGCUAUGCUUAUACUUGGGAUAUCAAAAUGGAUUGGGGCUUAUUCGAUAAGAAUGCAGGCGAAAAUAAAUUUUUACGUGAAGAAGUGGUUUAUUCAUCAACCGGUUUCUAUUACUUCGCCAUUAUUGAGGAUUUGUUAUUACGAUUUAGUUGGGCGUUAUCAUUCUAUAUUACCGAAAUGAAAUAUGCAACUAGCGAUAUUAUGACAUCUGUAACUGGUAUCUUAGAAGUUUUUCGUCGUUUUGUCUGGAACUUCUUCCGUCUAGAGAACGAACAUCUAAAUAACUGUGGUAAAUUCCGUGCCGUUCGUGAUAUAUCUAUAGCACCUAUAGAUUCUUCAGAUCAAACAUUAAUAUUACGUAUGAUGGAUGAACCGGAUGGUGUUAUUAAUCGCUACACAAAAUCGAAUCGUCCAAAACCGAAAAAAUCGAAAGAUCCAGAAAAACGUAGUCUACUAAAUCCGCGUGGUUCACUACAUGAUUUGACUAUUGAUAUUGAAGGUUCGAAAAAGUUGUAGAAAUCAACGUAAAAUGAACUGAACUUAAAUACGAAAUUUUUUGAAUGCUUCCAAUUUUAUAAAAAUUUUCGAAAAACUUAUUUUUAAUAUAGAUUAAGCAUAUUA